GAUUUCCCCCCCACCCCCUACCUCAUUUUUGGCGUGGAUGAUAGGAAGGAAUGGUGCAGUUUUUUCUUGAAGCAUUCGAUAUUAUUUCAGCUUCUGUCUGCUUGCAUAUGGCAGUGCUGCAUCAAAAGGCAUGAGAACGGAUUAGAAAGAACCCUUCUUUUCUCCGUGAUGGCUUGCUUGUUGCUAAUGAUGGACGCAGGGAUUUAUGUUAUAACGCUCUCUCUCAGUCCAUUCCAGAGUGCAUUGGCAACCUCAUCAACUUGGAUGGUUUAUACCUGUUCAAUAACAGGUUAAGUGGCAGCAUUCCUGGAUCCAUGAGCAAGCUAGUGAAGCUUACACACCUUGAUUUUACCCUAAACAAAUUCACUGGCGAGCUCCCUCCGACAUUGGGCCGCCUUACCCGCCUUUAUGCAUUGGACAUCACCAACACGACAAUCACAUGCCCACGUGACAAAAGCAGCUGUGUGGUCCCACAGACUCAGUCAAGCGCUUUCUGCAAGGCGUGCCCAACCUUCUGCUCCACCUGUAUUACGGAACCGCCCUCUCCCACACCAUCCUCCCCUUCUCCCCCUCCACCUACCAACUCCACAACGCCAUCCUCCCCAGGCUCAGUACCCUCCCCACCCUCCUCCCCCUCUCCAGCCCCACCUUCCAUCUCCUCGCCUUCCCCCGCCCCAUCACCAGUGCCCACACCCUCUCCACCUCCUCCCACCACCUCAACUGCCAGUCAACCUGCAGCUGCUCCCUCCCAGUCUGGAGGCGGCAUGUCCACGGCAGCUAUUGCUGGCAUUGCUGCUGCUGCCGUGGUGCUUGGCCUCGCGCUUCUGCUGCUGGGAGUCAUGUUUUGGAGGCGACGGCGUACUGAGGCAGCAGCAGCAAGCGGGUAUGCUGGAACGAAUGGGGAGGGCAAAAACUUGGCAGCAGAAAGUGCGCUCCAAGACACACACCAUAACGAAGAUGGUCCGGAAGCACAAGCAGGAGUAGGAUGGGCGGCAGCUGCAGCUGCAGCUGCUGCAGCAGCAGGAGGGAGGGACGACCCUGGUGCUGUGGUGGAUGUGGAGGCCGCACGGCCAGAUGUGUGUCGGGAGUAUUCCCUGGUAGAUAUGGAGAAGGCUACUGAAGAGUGGGCAGAAAAGAACAGGCUUGGCAGCGGCAGCUUUGGGGAUGUGUACAAGGGCGUGUCUCCCUACGAUCGCAAUAAAGCUUGGGCAGUCAAACGUGCCCAAGUUCUCUCCAAUGACUUUCAGAUCGAGGUGAAGGAGAUGGCAAGCAAGCACCACCCUCAUCUCGUGCGGCUGCUGGGCUACUGCCUGGACUUCAACCCGGCAACGCGGAAGAUGGAGCAGAUCCUGGUGUACGAGCUCAUGCACAACAACGAUCUCGAGACCUGGGUUGGACCUGGUGUCGCCAACCCCCUUUCUCUGCGGCAGCGGUUGGACGUGCUGAUUGGAGUGGCUAAGGGGCUGCAGUACCUGCAUGAAUUCGGCAUUGUGCAUCGCGACAUGAAGCCCGCCAACAUUCUCCUCGAUGCAAAGAUGCAGGCCAAGAUUGCUGACUUUGGGCUGGUGAAGCUGAGUGGAGGCACCGCUAUGGGCACCACGGUGGCUGCCACUCGAGUGAUGGGAACACCCGGCUUCGUGGACCCAGCCUACUACAAGUCGCACAAGGCCACUCCAGCCGCAGAUGUCUACAGUUUCGGAGUGGUGAUGCUGGUGGUCAUCACAGCACGCAAGGCCGUUCACGUGACAGAGGACACUCACACCAACCUCAGGAAAUGGGUGGCUCCACUGGUGGAAUCCAAUGCCGUAUCGACAUUCAAGGACCCUUGUUUGGAAGCACCGGAUGAUCUCGUGCUGCGCUUGGCCUGCCUUGCCCUCUCCUGCACUGGCAUGCCCACGGCCUCCCGCCCCUCAAUCAGCCAAGUGCUGGUAGAUCUGGUGAAGAUGAGGGAGGAUGCUUUUGGAGCGCAGGCAAACAGGGUUGCAUCUCGCAUUGACGAGGAAAUCGACGCUUCGUUUCAGGCGGAUUUCGAUGCUGAGAUUGCUCGAGUGAAGAGCAUGGGUGUCUCGGGUAGCUCGUCUGGAAGUGUGUAGUGGGAAGGAGAGCUAAGAGUUCCGCU